GAGGUUUUAUUACGAACAAACAGGGCAUCAAAGCCAGGACCAGGAAGCCAACACACACAAACACACACACACACACACCAACACCCUCCAAGGCCAAGGCGAUAGCGAGCGCGAGGGCGCCCCCGCCCGCGUUGGAGACUCGACUCGACGAGAGGGGCCGACGCGGGAAGGGAACCGCCGCGAACCCGGGGAGAGCAAGCUCGCGACGCCUCCGCCGGGAAGGACCGUCGCCGCCGCGGAUCUCUCGAUCUGAGGAGCCGCGUCUCGAUUCCCCGCCCCGCAGGGUUUUGUGCGCGGCAGCGCCGGAGAUGAGCGUGGAGAGCCCUGGGAGAGCCGCCGGGAGCUAGGGUUUUUUUCGCCGUCGGAGCGCUGGACCGCCCCCGACACCCUCCCAGGUUUUCCAUGGGAGAUGGAGGAGUCGCGUGCGCCGUCCCGCCUCAGCGUGCAGUGGAGGGCUUCCGUGCCGACGCCCUCGUGAGGGGAGAAGCGAUGCCAGACAAGGGGGAGAAAGCAGCGCACGGCCACCACCAUCACCACCACCACCACCACCGCAAGCACUACUCGGCUUCAGCUGCCGACCUCGAGGAAGGGGAGCUGCUGCUCAAUGGAGAGGCAGACAACACACGGGACUUGGACAGGACCAUACCUCCCAAGAAAUGGCGCAAGUUGCUGCCUUCCUCGCCAGCUGCAGAGUUGGAGCCGGGGGAGAUUGUAAGCAUGCAAUCAGAGCCAACAAGGAAGAUAAGGAGGAACGUGGAGCUUGACAAGACUGAGUUUGUGCCUGUGACGCAGAGGAAAGGUAAGUCUGACAAGAUCGGGAGAAAGUCUAAUAAAGAUGUGGUGGAGCCAGCGGAGGUUACUCCACUGGGAAAAAAACGGGACCGGGAUCAUAGCGGCAAGAUAUGUUCGUCAGCUCACAUCCGCGAGGAUGGGAAGAAAGGCACUUCACGGGAUUCUGAUGAGGAGCCUGGUGAGAUUAAGCCAGAGAGCAGCAGCACUGGCAGUGCUAGGAAGAGCCAGGCAGUAGAGCCCGAGAGCAACCACCGCAAACACCAAGCUGAGACAUUCACUCAAUCAGGGUCAAAAAGUCGAAGGAAGGGAGAGCCGAAGACUUCUUCUGCUGGGAAGCAUUUGUCUGGAAGAAAUCAUGAUAUCUCGCCGCAAAUACGAGAUCGGCAUGAUCGGCUUGAGAGGAGCCCAGGCAUCUUGGGACGCUUUCCUCAUGACCGCAUUCGCCAUGAGAGGAGCCCAGGCCGCAUGGAGCGCUCCCCACGAGACCGAGACCGUGGUCGUCACUGUGAUAACAGAGACCGCAGCCCGUACAUUUCACCACGACACAGAGCACGCCAGGCCCAUCACAGGGAUAACACACCGAGCCGCAUUGAUUCCCCUCGUGGGAGGACUCAGCACGAGGACAUCAAAGACCGAACUCCGCUCUCUCAUGAUAAAUCACCAUCUGAACGUGGUCGAACAACUGACAGCCAUGAAGCAAGUAAGAAGGGCAGGGGUUCUAAGCUUGAAAGCAACGACCUAGAAAAUGUGCCGCACAAAAACAAGUCAAUGAAGCAACCAACUAAGAGUAAUAGUGGUAGCAACAUAAAGAGUGAGGGGAGGAUCUCCAAGGGGAAGGCAUCCGAGGGCGUUCAAUGCACUGAGUUGCUGCCACCACCUCCGUUGCCACCACCGCCGCCGCCUCCGCCUCCACCUCCGCCUUUACCACCUAAUAUGCCUCCUCCCCUGCCCCCGCCACCAGUACCUGAGCAGCUGAAUGAUCUCGCUGAAGAUGCCUCAAUGGAAGAAGACAUGGAUAUCUGUGACACCCCACCUCACACCAGUGAAGCACCUGAACUCAGUACUGAGCCCACUAUUAUCAUGGGGAAGUGGUUUUACCUUGACCAAUUUGGUGUUGAGCAAGGACCUUCCAAGCUUGCUGACUUGAAGAAACUGGUAGAAGACGGAUAUCUUCUUUCUGAUCAUCUAAUAAAGCAUGCUGACAGCAAUAGAUGGGUGACUGUUGAGAAUGCAGCUUCACCAUUGGUUCCAUCUGAUAUUCCCUCGGUGUAUGCGGAUCUUUCUUCACAGAAGGUUAGCCCUCCAGAAGCCCCAGGAAAUCUGCUCGACGAAGCUCGAGAAGGAGCAGCUUUGUUGGCAUGGAGUGCUGAGGAUGAAGAGGAAGCUUCUGAAGAACAGAAGGAAGAUCUCUACAUUGAUAAUAGGGUCGAGGCACUAAUGUAUGGAGCUACUAUGGUGGAUGGACAUGAGCUUGAUAUUCUUGGAGAGGUUUUGAAUGCACAUUUUGAGCCUGUUGAUUGGGAAAGGUGUAGUUACCCUGAAGAUUUUCCUAGGUUCCAAGGCCAACCUGCAAGAGAUGAUGGGAUCAACAGAAGCAUUGGAUUCGUCAGUGGUGUUGGUCCUGUUGGGAGGGAAAAGUUUUAUCAUAAUGUUGAAUGUAGCGAGUGGUUUUCUGGUAGAUGGUCUUGCAAAGGUGGUGACUGGAAGAGGAACGAUGAAUUCAACCAAGAUAAGCCUUACAGGAAAAAGCUUGUCCUGAAUGAAGGCUAUGCUCUUUGUCAGAUGCUAAAGGGCAAUCAUGAGGAUCCCCGCUGGCACUGCAAGGAAGACCUCUACUACCAUGUACCUGCUAAAAAGCUUGAUCUGCCACUGUGGGCAUUCUCAUCAACAGAAGAGGACACUGACAGUGUUGAUGAUGCCAGUGCUAUUAUACCUGGAAGGUUGUGCCAGAAUCAGAUUAGACAACUUCCAAAGGGAGUGAAAGGGAUGACGCUUCCAGUUGUUAAGAUAAAUGCUCGGGUUGUCAAGGAUCAUUCCUCUAUCGAACCAUGCAUAAAGUCCAGAGCAGCUGAGCGGUCACUUUCUAGAUCUUCACGCUCCCAGUCAACUGGAACUGAUAGGAAUUCUGUUCAUGAAGGUUUGUCUCAUUUGAAGAAACAUCAUGAACAUGAUUUACAAAGUCUGCAGAAGUCCAAGUCUGUUCCAAACAUCCCAGAGGACCAUGUUUGCACUGUUGAAGAAUUGUCAGUCAAACUGGGUGACUGGUACUACAUGGAUGGAACUGGACAUGAGCAUGGCCCAUUUUCUUACUCUGAGUUGCAAAAGUUAGUUAAAAGGGGCACUAUUAUUGAACAGAGCAGUGUGUUCAGAAAGAUUGAUAACAUAUGGCUUCCAGUUGUUAAGGAUAUGAAAUCUGAGUCUGCUGCUCGCGAUGGAGGGCCAGGAAGUUCAGAUUCUACUUCUGCUCUUGUGGAGCAGUCCAACACUGUUGUGAACCAUGGAGCUGGUAGGUUCCAUGAGUUGCACCCCCAGUUUGUGGGUUAUACACGUGGUAAGCUGCAUGAACUAGUCAUGAAGUAUUUCAAGAGCAGGGAGCUUACUUUAGCCAUAAACGAGGUCUUGGAUCCAUGGAUCGCAGCUAAGCAGCCCAAAAAGGAAAUAGAAAUGAACUUUCUUAACAAUUCAGCUUCAAGGAAAAUCCUGCCAGAAGAUGCUGGGUCUGUAAAAAGGGCAAGGCUGCUACCUAAUCAAAGUGACGAAGAUAUCAAUAUGUAUGAGGACAUCCUUGCCAGUCAGAAUGAUGACUGCUCUUUUGAAGACUUAUGUCAUGAUGCUGCUCUUGUUGAAGAGAACUCUACUAAUUCCGUAGCUGGAAGUGACAGCUGGGGUUUACUGAAUGUGCAUGUGUUAGCAAGAAUCUUCCAUUUUCUGAGGGCGGACAUGAAAUCACUGAUUUCUUCUGCAGCUACCUGUAAGCUCUGGAACACUGGUGUUCAGUACUACAGGAACACAUGUAGAUUUGUUGAUUUGUCUUCUGUUGGCCUUCAGUGCACCGAUUCUGUGUUUCAUGGUAUUAUGGCUGGUUAUGAGAAGCAAAAUAUAAGAACACUGAUUUUAGUUGGGUGUUCAAAUCUGAGCUCUCUUGCCCUUGGGGAAGUACUAGUGCAGUUUCCGAACAUAUGUUAUGUGCACAUUCAGGGUUGCAGUCAACUAUGGGAUAUGAAAAGCAGAUUUCACCAUAUUAAAUGGAUUAAGAGCUCUUUGAAUCCUGAGGAGUCACUCCAGAAAAUUAAAAGCCUGAAGCAGAUAGAUGAUGGAAACGAUUAUGCAUCCAAAGUUGCAAGGAACUUGACCAGUCAGCUGGGUGGUUCUGAUGAACUUGACGGCUAUUUUGCUGAUAUCUCAAAUAGAGAGAAUGCCAAUCUUUCCUUUGGGCAAGGUUUCUAUAAACGAUCAAAAUGGCUUGAUGCUAGAAAGUCCUCUGCUGUUUUGUCGAAGGAUGCACAACUAAGGCGUUUGAUGCAGAGGAAGGCCGAGAAUAGCUACCGGAAGAUGGAAGAGUUUGUCAUCAAUAGAUUGAGAGAAAUCAUGAAGAGCAGCAGAUUUGAUUUCUUCAUUCCAAAGGUUGCAAAAAUUGAAGGUAGGUUGAAAAGUGGAUAUUAUGCUCGGCAUGGCUUUAGUUCUCUCAAGAACGAUAUUCGAUCUAUGUGCCGUGAUGCAUUGAGAUAUAAAGGCCGAAGUGAUUUGGGAGAUAUGAAGCAAAUUGUUGUGUCCUUUAUCCAGUUAGCAAAGAGACUCGGUAACCCACGAUUGAUUUCUGAGAGAGAUGGAGCAGCAGCCCAGAAGGACAAUUCUGACACGAGUCAAUAUUCUUCAGACGCAAAAUUAAAAAAGAAACAAAAUAAAACUACGGGGGAAAGAAGGGGAGCAAACUGGGCUACUGCCUCUGCUGGUGCAGAUGCUUCAUCCCGUGCCUUUGACCGUGAAAUUAAAAGAAGCCUCUCUAAAUUAAAGAAAAUGGAUGUUGAUUCUGGGAGUGAGACAUCUGAUGAUGAUGAUGGAUACUCUGAAGGUGAUGAAACUGAGAGUGAAACUACUGUUUCUGAUACAGAGAGUGACCUUGACUCAAAUUCUGCAGCAUGGGACUUAAGGGGAAAUGGUAUGAAGUUGUUUGAAUCUGGUGACUCUGUCGGGGAUGAUCGUGGAUGGGGUGCUCGCAUGACAAAAGCAAGCCUUGUCCCUCCUGUUACUAGGAAGUACGAAGUGAUUGAGAAGUACCUUAUUGUAGCAGAUGAGGAGGAAGUACAACGAAAAAUGCGGGUUGCUUUACCUGAUGACUACUCUGAGAAGCUGCUCUCGCAGAAGAAUGGUACUGAAAAUUUGGAGAUUCCAGAGGUUAAGGAUUAUCAACGUAGAAAGGUACCUGGGGAUGAAGUUCUUGAGCAAGAAGUAUACGGCAUAGAUCCAUACACACAUAAUCUCCUGCGUGACAUUAUGCCAGCCGACGUUAGCUUGUCAUCUGCUGACAAACAUACCUUUAUUGAGGAGCUGCUUCUGAAUACUUUGAAUAAGCAGGUUCGGGAUUUCACUGGUUCUGGAAAUACUCCUAUGGUUUACCCCCUUAAACCUGUCAUCGAAGAAAUCCAAAAGUCUGCAGAGGAGAGUGGUGAUAGACGAACUGCAAAGAUGUGCCUUGGAAUGCUGAAGGCCAUGAGGAGCCGCCCUGAACAUAACUAUGUUGCUUAUAGAAAGGGUCUUGGAGUUGUUUGCAACAAAAAGGGUGGAUUUGGCAUGGAUGACUUUGUUAUUGAGUUCUUCGGGGAGGUUUACCCUUCUUGGAGAUGGUAUGAGAAGCAAGAUGGUAUUAAACAUAUACAAAACAACAGUGAAGAUCAAGCUCCUGAGUUUUAUAACAUUAUGUUAGAAAGACCAAAGGGGGACCGUGAUGGAUAUGACUUGGUUUUUGUUGAUGCUAUGCACAAGGCUAACUAUGCGAGCAGAAUCUGUCAUUCAUGUAACCCCAACUGUGAAGCAAAAGUGACUGCUGUGGAUGGUCAAUACCAGAUUGGAGUCUACACUGUUAGGCCGAUUGCAGAAGGCGAGGAAAUCACUUUUGAUUACAACUCUGUAACUGAGAGUAAGGAAGAGCAUGAAGCAUCAGUUUGCCUCUGUGGAAGUCAAGUAUGCCGGGGCAGCUAUUUAAAUUUUUCUGGAGAGGGAGCUUUCGAGAAGGUGUUAAUGGAAUUCCAUGGUGUGCUUGAUCGACACAGUUUGCUGCUACAGGCUUGCGAAGCAAACACUGUCUCCCAGCAAGACUUGAUUGACUUGGGUAGAGCUGGUCUUGGUACCUGUUUGCUUGCUGGUUUGCCUGGGUGGCUUGUUGCUUACACGGCCCAGCUGGUGCGGUUUAUAUUCUUCGAGAGGCAGAAACUUCCUAAUGAGAUCUUUAAGCACAACAUGGAAGAGAAACGCCAGUUUUUUACAGAUAUAAAUAUGGAUUCCGAGCGGAAUGAUGCUGAGGUUCAGGCUGAGGGUGUAUUAAAUUCUAGAUUACAGCAUUUAACUCAUACACUUGAUAAGGUAAGGUAUGUUAUGAGAUGUAUAUUCGGGGACCCCAAGAAUGCCCCCCCUCCUCUGGUGAGGCUUACCGGGAGAAGUCUAGUGUCUGCCAUCUGGAAAGGGGAAGGCUCAUUAGUUGAUGAGCUCCUUCAGUCAAUUGAACAUCAUGUUGACGAAGAUGUACUUACUGAUCUCAAGGACAAAAUUCGGCUUCAUGAUCCAUCUGAUUCUGAAGACAUCGAGGGAGACAUCCGAAAUUCUCUGUUAUGGUUGCGUGAUGAGUUGAGAACUCUUUCAUGCACAUACAAGUGCCGUCAUGACGCAGCUGCUGAUUUGAUUCACAUGUAUGCUUACACAAAGUGUUUCUUCAGAGCCCGAGACUACAAGACCGUAAAGUCUCCACCAGUUCAUAUCAGUCCUCUCGAUUUAGGUCCCAAAUAUGCUGAUAAACUGGGACCAGGUUUCCAGGAGUACAGCAAGACGUACCCAGAGAACUAUUGCUUAGCACAGCUUAUCUAUUGGUACAGCCAGAAUGCAGAACCCGAAUCUAGACUGACAAGAGCUAGAAAGGGUUGUAUGUCAUUACCAGAUGUGUCCUCUUUCUAUGUAAAGUCUGUAAAGCCAACUCAAGAGCGGGUUUAUGGCACCAGAACUGUGAGAUUCAUGCUAUCACGGAUGGAGAAACAGGCCCAACGCCCAUGGCCGAAGGACCGGAUAUGGGUGUUCAAGAGCGACCCAAGAUUCUUUGGCACUCCAAUGAUGGAUGCUGUGCUGAAUAACAAUUCUCCUCUUGAUAAGGAGAUGGUGCAUUGGCUAAAGACAAGAUCGAACGUUUUCCUAGGGUAGUCAAAAGGAUAGUAGGCAGAGGGCAUUGGUUUUUCUCUUCGGAGAUUUUAGUCAACGACAUUCUUUUUUUCCUACUCACCUUACCUACCUAAUCAUGGGAGAUAGCUUUUAGAUGGCAGGUUGUACAGUCACCACUCCCUCCCUACCUACCUAGCUGUAGAGAUGUAUUCGAUUAAUAACUGAUAGAUCACAGAUCAUCAUCGAUUGGAUGUAGCGUCUUUUCCUGUUGCAUAGAAUUGUUCGCCUGCUUGUGGGCUGAUGUACAUGUAAAUGCGAAACAGAUGCAAUCUUAAAUUCAGCAAUGUGUUACAGCUUGCGGUGCUGCA